AUGAUUGUUACCACAGGUGGUCCAGUUUCAGAGUCCUGUCGCAAGCUUUCGCUGGAGAAGCUGAAGGCGGCGCAGGAAUUUUUCCGGGAUCAGGAUUUGGCGGAGCGCUCGAAUAGCGCGUGGGCGUCCCCGAUCCACUUAGUGGAAAAGAAAGACGGUUCCUGGAGGGUCUGUGGUGACUACCGCAAAUUAAAUAGUGUAACUGUUCCCGACAAAUAUCCGGUGAAACGUUUGCAGGAUUUUUCGACUAUUUUGUUUAACGCUACCGUUUUUAGCACGCUGGACCUUGAGAAGGCUUUCAUGCAAAUUUCGCUCAGGUCGGAGGAUCGUUCGAAAACAGCACUCACUACUCCGUUUGGACUCUUUCAGUUCAAGGUCGAGUUCCUCGGAUUUUUAAUUGACUGUAACGGUUAUAAACCCUUGCCAGCCAAGGUAGAGAAAAUUAAUAAUUUCCCGCGCCCACAAACUGUCGAGCAGUUGUGCCGCUUCCUGGGCAUGAUUAAUUUUUACCAUCACUGUAUGCCGGGAAGCGCGCAGCUGCAAAUAGAGUUGAACGGCCUGUUAACUUCACAGAAAAAGUGCGAUAAGACCCCUAUCAAUUGGAACUCUAAAGCUAUAGAGUCGUUCGAGCAACUUAAGAAGAGCCUCGCGGCCGCGGCUUACCUCGCUUUCCCGCAGGAUGGGGCCCCAUUACGAGUGUGUACGGACGCGUCGGACUCCGCGAUGGGUGCUGUCCUUGAACAACAGGCUGCGGACCAGUGGAAGCUUUUAGCUUUUUUCUCUCCAGCACAGGCAGAUGAUGAUGAGCUCAGAAGGCUCCUUAAGGAUCCGGCUCCUUCCUUCAAGCUGUGCAAGGUUGUCUGGCAGCCCUCGAAUCAGCAGAUUUUUGCAGAGGUUUCAACCAAGCGCAUUCGACCGUAUGUUCCCGGUUCCCUGCACUUUGAAGUUUUUGACAUUUUCCACGGGCUAGCACACCCGGGCCCUAGAAUUACGGAUAAAUUGAUCCGAAAGUUUUAUAUUUGGCCCUCCAUGUCACGCGACAUAACAUUAUUUUGUAAAGCUUGCAUGCCAUGCCAGCAGUCCAAGGUAACUCGACAUAACCGUCCGGCGCCGAUGCAUUUUGAGGCGCCGGACGCACGUUUCCAGCAUGUACAUAUUGACUUGGUCGGUCCUCUCCCAAAGUGCCGAGGUUUUUCUUAUUUAUUAACUAUGAUUGAUCGCUUCUCGUGGUGGCCUGAGGCAGUUCCCUUACAGGAUAUCACUGCUGAAACUGUUGCACGGGCUUUUGUUAAGCAUUGGGUGUCACGUUUUGGUGCCCUUUCGAUUCUCACUACAGAUCAAAGUGGCCAGUUUGAGUCGAAGCUUUUUGAGGAGGUCUAUCGCGUGUUGGGAAUCGAGAAGAUCCACACCACGCUGUAUCACCCCCAGGCAAACGGGAUGAUCGAGCGUUUCCACAGAGACAUCAAGGCAGCUUUCAUGUGUAGAAGUGAGACUGGGGACAGGCUCGACGCGUUGCCGACGAUAAUGCUCGGGCUGAGAACCAGACCGAUCCUCGAUACUGAUUUGAGCCCUGCCGAAAUGUUAUAUGGGAGAGCUUUACGCAUCCCUGGCAUAUUUUGCGAAUACGACGAUGACGACUAUGACUCACUGAAGCAUAAAGACACUUCUAGACCUUUUUAUUAUGCCGAUUUGGACGCUUGUUCCCAUGUUUUUAAAAUAAUUAAGUGUGGCAAGCGCUCGCUGGAGAGACCUUACACAGGUCCGCAUCGAGUUAUUUCGCGCGACCCGUCUAAGAAACAUAUAGAGAUUCAGGUCGAUAACAGAAUUGUCAGGGUCUCGGUAGAUCAGUUAAAACCAGCUCAUUUUCUUGAUAAGGCCCGGGCCCAUCAAGCCGUAGUCGAUGCCGCGCCACCUCCAGGUCCCCUUGAGGCCGAUGCUGCCGCGUCGCACCCGGUUCCCUCUACCUCGACUUGCGCACCAUCGCACACUGUGUCUAUCGAUAUUCCUGGCUCGUCCACCGCUGUGACGGCCUCGGUGCCUGCCCAAAAUAACAAACAGACUUCAACUGAUGUCCCGACGAACGCAAAUGCGGCCGACAUUGACGACGCCUUGUUACCUGAUUAUCCUGAGCUCACUGCCGGUGGGGCGGCUGACGUUCCUCUCCCUCUUGAACAACCCUCCUUUACAUCUGAAUACUCUCACGCUGGCACGUCUCAAGCCAACGGCAAGAGAAAAGCGCGCUCAAACAACAGACAGCCUAAAAGCUAG